AUGGCUGAUGAAGGAAUUCAAGAAAUAUUAAAAAAUUUGAGGCUGGAAAAUCUCAUCGAAAAUUUUGAAACUCCACAGGAAAUAGAUAAUAAAAUACAAGAAAGCAUCAAAUGGUUAGAUGAAAAUGUAGCUCCAUGGGAAUUAGUUCUUCAAAAUUGGCUGCUUACUUUUGAUAUCAGACGCAAAGACUUGAAUAACUUUGAAGAAAAAACUUUGCAUGAUUUACUUAAUAAAUGGCCUAUAUUAAAACAUCCACAAGGACAUCAGUUAAUUAUCCAAGAUUUCGACACAAUGAAUUUAAGCAAAGUAAAUCUAGAUUUAAAUAUAUGGCAACAAUUUAUGGAUGUGAUGCUAAAACAUUCAACGUGUAUUAAUACUAAACAUGACGAAGUCAAUUUGAUGUUUGAAAAAUUAAACAAUAAGGAUAUUUCAACUGAUACAAAAGUAGCUAUUGGUCUCAUGUUACUUCCACACUUAAUUCCGCCAAAAGGAUUGAAAAAAUAUAAAGGCAAAUGCUACAAACCUUCAAUAGCUAAUGCUAAAGCAAGCUUGAUAAAACAUGCAAGUAUUCCUGGCGAUAUGACAUUAAUCAAACAAGAAGCAAGGAAACAUGCUGAGAUGUUAAAAAUUACUUUGCAACCGUAUAUAAUUAUUCUGGGAUCUCCUUAUGAAGUUAAAGAAACUUAUGUUCAAGUGGAUGAUAUUUUGUACAAAACAAAUAGUAUGUUAGAGGCAAUCGAUGUAUGCUUCAAAACAUUUCAUGUUUUUCAAAUGAACUAUCCUAUAAUGAGUGAAUAUCUUUGGAUGUUAAUUCAAAAAGGUAUAUAUAAUUUUACUACAAAAUGGGAUUCUAUAAUUCCUAGUAUUGAAUAUGUAUUAAGUAAGAUAUCUAAGUCUUUGGAAAAAGAUAACUCUUAAAGUAUUGUUACUUUCCAACCCUGAUAUUUACUUAGACUAAUAAGUUUUAUAUAUUAUAUGCGUCUAUAAUUUUUCACACAAUGAUUUUAUGUUUUUUCUGUGAACACACAUUUUUAUCCAUAGACACCUUAAUGUUACAUAUAAAACUAAGACACAAGUUGCUUAUGUAUUCUACUGUUAAAUGUAAUUUCAAGAAUUGCAUAGGUAAUUUUAAUAACGUCUACUCUUUACGGAAACAUAUUUUAAAUACACAUUGUCAAAUAUUAUCUUCGCAGAAUACUUCUGUAAAACAAAAUCAAUCUUUAACAAAUAAUGUAGUCUCUCAAAAUAUACCACAAUCCAAUACCGAAAAUAACUUCCAAUUUUAUGAUACUGAAAAUUUAUUAGAUGCGAUUGAUGAUAUAGGCGAAAUUAAUACCGAACAUUUAAAAGAAAUAGUUUCUGAAUAUUCUAUUCGUUUUAUAACAAAACUGUAUGCUUAUGGAAAUUUGAAUAGAAAAGUUAUUCAUGAAAUUGUAAAAUAUAUAGGCAUAAAUUAUAUUUCUGUGUGUUUAGAUGUUUUAUCUAAGAAAUUUAAAGAUGUGAAAGAUUUGGAUAUUUUUUUAAAUAUUAUUAAGAAUGGAUUUAAACCAUUUAAAUCAGAAUAUAAAACAUUACAGUAUUUACAAGAGAGAAAUUGCUUGUUUCUACCAAAAUUAGUAAAUAUAAAUUCUAUUUUAUCAUUUAGUACAGUGAAAAAAAGACAUCACUCGCAUCUACAACAUCAGAAAUUAAGCAUAAUACCCUUAAAAUUAAUAUUAAAAAAGUUUUUAGAACUUCCAAAUGUGUAUCAAAAGAUAAUGUCCUAUAUUGAAAAGAGCAAAGAAAGUGAAGCUUUUUUUUCUAUU